AUGCCUCCGGAAUACCAUCCGAACAUACCCAGCGGCCCCAGCCCCAAUCGCCACCCUCGCACAUUGAGCGAAGAUCUGUCUUACCUCCAUCUAGGUGGCAGCAUUCCGAAAGUUGUUAUUGGCGAUGAGCACAACCCUGCGCUUGACGCUAUUCAUGGGAACCAGGGCCUCGAUAACGUUCCAAAAGAACGCCCAGCAGCACCUAGCGAACAGACCAGUGUCGGGAACCGAAACCCACCAAUCCGCUCGACAGACCAGGCCCAAAGUCCCCCCAGCGCUUACACUGGAGUACCACUAGAUGAGCUUCUUCGGAGCCAUUAUCAGCCCCAUCCUCACCCUGAAGUAACGGAAGGAUACCUCCCGACUGGCCUUUUGGAGGAACUUGUUGGUCCUGAAGCGGUGAAACAAGAACUUACAGAGGCUUUGGACGAUGACUCCGAUAUAAACCGCAUAGCUCAAAGGGUAUGCGAGAGCUCUCCGGGGAGUAGGUGUUAUCGACAGGUCUUUGCGAUUCUUUGCCUGAUUGAGAGGGUAAGGUCUAUCCGGGAGUUUCUAGACCCUGUAACCGGAGUUUGUGAUUCAGAUCUGCCUCUUCAAAAAGUCGAAUUAGGCCAAAGAAACAAGGUUGACUUGCGAAAAAGAAAAGACCUCGACAAACCCUUGGGAUGUUUCCAAGGUUGGAGACAUAAUUCACUGAGGUCUUUCGAUGACUGGCAAUGGACGCUAAGGGUUCCAUUUCUCAAGGGCAUUCAAGGAAGCGAGGCCCAAUAUCGAAAGUUUGAUGAUCGAGUCAUACUCCCCUUGACAUACCAAUCUGACCCCAAUGACGAUGGAGCAACUGGUGGAUUCAGUGAAGUAUUUAAGGUCAAGUUGCAUCCCCGCCAUCACGACUUCAGUCAAAACGGGGCAGAUUGCUUUUUUGCUCUGAAGAGACUUCGAUCCACAGAUACGGCGGCCUUCCAGCGAGAACUUCAGAUGUUGCGGAAAUUUGAAAGCGAAAACGCCCAUGAACACUUGAUUUCACUGCUCACAACCUGGAGUCAGAAGGGUUUCUUUUACUUUCUUUUCCCCUGGGCCGAGUGUGAUUUGGUCAAGUACUGGGAAAUUCAUAGUGAACCAGACAUGGGCGAAGACCUCGUCCGUUGGGUUGCGAGGCAGACUGCUGGCAUGGCUGCCGGCCUUGCCAGGAUCCAUGAGUACCCAGGAAAGGUCGAUGGCAACACUGAGAAUGCUGUGAAGUACGGUCGCCAUGGAGAUAUAAAGCCAGAUAAUAUUCUCUGGUUUCGAAGUUCGAUGGGUGAUCCGGGAAGGCUCGUGAUAUCGGACUUCGGACUGGGCGUUUUUAACAGCAAGAGAAGUCGAUCUAAUAUUCCCAACAACUCUGGCAUAGGGCGAACGCCUACUUACCGGCCCCCGGAAUGCGAUAUUGAGGGUGCUAUGAUCUCACGAUCUUGGGACAUUUGGACUCUGGGAUGCGUCUAUGUCGAGUUCGUUACGUGGCUGUUGGGUGGAUGGGAGCUGUCGGAAGAUUUUGCCGAAUACCGAAUGACGAGAUCAUCGAUAUGGGGCCAGGAGUUCAAGUCCGAUAUUUACUUCGACAUUGUACAAGUUGUGCGUAUUGCAUCCGAUGACGACACCUCCUUGAGAAGUAUGGGUGCCAUGGUAAAACCAAAUGUGACCCGAUGGUUUGACGGGCUUCAUAAUCAUCGAGAUUGUACUCAGUACACCCAUGAUCUUCUAAAGUUCGUUCAGAACAGAAUGUUGAUCGUCGAGUCAGCGGUCAGGAAACGAGCAACUUGCAAGGAAGUAUUUGAAGAACUGCGACGUAUUCAAAGGCGAUGUGUGGAAAGCAAAGCUUACUGUGUCGAGCCUAAAAAGCCAUCCGAGGCUUCGCACUCAUCAAGGCCGCACAGAAGAGCCGCCAAGGGCGAGGGUGGGACAUGGGGAUCAACUUCUACAACCUCCAAUAGAGAGAGUAUAUUGAGCGACUACGAAAACCAUCGACCUGAAGAUAGGUCUGAGAUCUUGGAACAAGGUUAA